AGAAUUUGGUGAAGAGAGAAGGCAUAGAAAGAGAAAGGUUGAAGAGAGAAGUGAAGGUGGAAAUGAAAGUGAGUUGGAAGAAGAACGACAACAAGAAGAAGAAACGUUGUUUACCAACGUUGUCACACUUCACGGACCUUCCUUUCGAGCAUGACGAUCAACCCCAUCCACACGAAGCUGAAGACGGCGCACGUGUUCCCGAUACUCACCAAUUGGCUAAUGAAUUUCGAGCUCAAGGAGACAAGCUUGCCAUGGAUGGCAAGUACCGUGAAGCACUAGGUAAAUGGGAAGCUGCUCUUGCAUUGACACCUGAUGUUCCAGUUUUGCAUGAACAAAAGGCCCAGGUUCUACUAGAAAUUGGAGAUGCUUGGAAUGCUGUAAAAGCUGCAACUCGAGCUACUGAAUUGGAACCAUCAUGGGCUGAGGCAUGGGUCACACUUGGCAGAGCACAAUUGAAUUUUGGUGAGCCAGAUAAUGCUAUUGAAAGUUUUGACCGUGCUUUAGCUCUCAAGCCUGAUUAUGAGGAAGCUCAAGAUGAUAGGAAAACUGCAUCACAUCUUGUAAAGAAGAGAAAACAACUUCACUCAUCAGGCCUGAGUGCUACUCAAAAUCGAUAUGUGGUGGGUGAAAAGGAUGAAAGCUCAAGGGCUGAAGUUGUCUAAAUUUUCCAAUGUGAUAUUUGAUUAUCUAAGUUUAUGUUGAUAUAGGAAAUUACAAGUUGUAUACUUUUCAGCAGCUUAGUGGUAUAAUAGUUAUGUUAAUGUGACACUGUAAUAUACUAAUAUAUACAUUAAAUUUUUUAUACAGUUUUAGUUUAAGUACUAAAUUUUAUAAUAA